CCAAUUUGAGAGAGAGUUAAAGGAGAGGAACCGAUGUUCCCUCUCCAGAAGUGGCAAAGGUGAAGUAAGAGGAACAAGGAAGGGAAGAGACUCUCAUGAGAGCUGACUGCUAUCGAAAUACAAGGGUGUGCUUCACCAUACCAGGGCUCUUUCCUCGAGCUCUCAGUCGUGAUCUAGACGGGUGAUAGGCCGGAGAUCCACCAAGACAUAGGAAGGAUAUUCAAGGGAGUGCGCAACCGAGUGGACCGUCUCUUAGCUUUAAUCUUGGAAUUUGGGAACACAGACACCCGGGAAACAAACUAGCUAUGUCAUCGCCGUUGAUUGAGGACGACAGAUGAUGCAUUCAUUAGAACCACGUACAAUGAGCUCGAAGGCCAUGAUCAAACACGGAGGAUAUGAAAUAAGACCACAAUAAUGCCUACCCAAACGGACGAAUUUGCCCGAGGAGAAAGUGCUGAACGUCUCAAAUAACCCAAUAUCCCAGUCAGCCAAACUUUUCCGACCUUCCCCCUGAGAAGGGUAUGUUUUUGUGGUGAUAAGUUGCGACAUAUCUCUCGACAAAGGCCAUGAUACUCCGGGUGAAACGAUCCAGCCAUAGGCCAGGAUCCGGGCGAUUGAGCGGCCUUGGCAGUCCAGCAGGAAUGACUCCGCCUGUCGUUGGAGCCAUUAACCAACAAGAUUCAAAUUAUGGGCCGAGAUCUUAUUCGGCCGAAUUAAGCCACAAACGUGGCGAGGCCACCCAAACGUACGGAAUGGUCCUGAUGCUUCUUACCUUGGGCUUCUUUGCAACCAUAUUUUGUGCCUGCUGCCUUCGGCGCUUCUUUGAAAAGAAACGAACAGGCAAAGACCAGAAAUCCAAGAAUGGCAAAUCUGGUGUGGACCUCAGGACUGUGCAACUUUUGGGCAAUGCCUACAAAGAAAAGGUCGAUCAAGACACAGAUGAACUUAUCAAGAACGAGGAAGUUGAUCCCAGUACGAAGCCCUCAAAGAAGAAAGUGCUUGGAAGAAUCAACUACAAGGUGGAGUACGACUUUGCAUCCAGCAUUCUAAUCGUGAGCAUCAUCAAAGCUGAGGAUUUGGCCGCUAUGGACAUUGGUGGAACCUCAGAUCCUUACGUGAAAAUCUAUCUCUUGCCUGACCGGAAACGGAAACAAGAGACACGCGUCCACAGAAAGACCCUGAAUCCCACUUUCAAUGAAACUUUCAAGUUUGAGAUAUCAUACGGAGACGUAAUGGGAAAAACUUUGGUUUUCGCAGUCUAUGAUUUCGAUCGCUUUUCCAAGCACGACGCCAUCGGCGAAGUUCGACUUCCAGUUUGUCAAUUAGACUUAGCUUCGACCGCAGACAAGUGGAAAGACUUACAGAGCAUCCAAGGUGAUGGAGUGCUGGGUGAUAUUUGCUUUUCUUUACGUUAUGUGCCAAACUCGGGGAAACUCACCAUCGUGGUCUUGGAGGCGAAGAAUCUCAAGAAAAUGGAUGUCGGGGGACUCUCAGACCCCUACGUGAAGAUUGCUCUGAUGCAAAAUGGCAAACGGUUGAGGAAGAAAAAGACUUCCAUCAAAAAGUGCACUCUCAACCCAUACUACAACGAAUCCUUUUCGUUCGAGGUGCCAUUUGAGCAUAUUCAGAAAGUCCAAUUAUUAGUGACUGUGGUCGAUUACGAUCGUGUAGGUGCUUCAGAACCUAUUGGACAGGUUCUUUUGGGUUGUGACACGAAAGGACCAGAAUUACGACAUUGGUCGGACAUGUUGGCCACUCCCCGACGUCCCGUGGCUCAAUGGCACACGCUCAAGGCCAUUAAAGGCACUGGGAUCCUGGAAUUCCUUCAACGUCACUUAAAUGAUCCUGAGAUCGAAAUGACUCCUCAGGCCAACGAUGUUGAGUGUGAAAAAUCAGUACCGCCUUCCAAACCGGAUCCCGUGUCAGUCACCUCGUUCGUAUAGAUGUUGGAAAAUAUUGCCAUAUCAUGUGAAACCAUAUGUAAUAUCAGUCACAAAGCAUUUGAAACAUAUCUCAGAGAAAUGCCGCUACAAAUAUAUACUACAUGCGAAGGAGCAAAUUAGGGGCGUUUUGACAACUUUUAUGAUGUGGAAUAGUUGGGAACGUCAGGAAUGGUGUCAACGCCCACAAAUCUUGGCCAAUUUUGAACAAUAUAUCCACAAGGUGUUAAGUGUUUCUAUCGGAACAGACGGAAAAG